GAGGAACAGGGCAAACCUCUAACUUCCGGCGGCGUUUUGAGGCGGUCCUUCUAGCGGCCUCAUAGUGUUUUUGUUGCCUUUUCUUACUCUACAAUAGCUUCGUUAUCUUUCUUCCUACGACCCAGUUUCGCUUUACCCUGGCGAGGCGGCGGACGGGUUCUGCUUCUCAGCCGUCCCGGGGGCCCCUCGCUAGCCGAGGGCCGGUUCCCGGGAACCGCACGCGCACCGCUUUCUCCUCGUCGUCGUCCUCCCGGUUCCAGGCGCGGGGACAGAGAGUCGCCUCCCCCGCUCCUCGGAGCGGCGGCGGCGGUGGUGCCUCCGGACUGCACUUGCGAAGAGAGCUUGGGGAGGAGUAGUACAAAAUGUCAAAAAUUAGAAGGAAGGUUACAGUGGAAAAUACCAAGACCAUAUCUGAUAGCACAUCCCGAAGACCCAGUGUAUUUGAGAGGCUUGGACCCAGCACUGGCAGUACACCAGAGACACAGUGCCGUAACUGGCUGAAGACUGGCAACUGCCUCUAUGGAAACACGUGUAGAUUCGUACAUGGCCCUUCACCUCGUGGUAAAGGUUAUAGCAGCAAUUAUAGAAGGUCACCAGAAAGACCUACAGGGGAUCUUCGAGAAAGAAUGAAGAACAAGCGCCAAGACGUGGACACUGAGUCCCAGAAACGAAAUACAGAGGAGUCAUCCUCGCCUGUUAGGAAAGAAUCUUCAAGAGGGAGACAUAGGGAAAAGGAAGACAUAAAAAUCACAAAGGAGAGAACUCCAGAAAGUGAAGAAGAAAAUGUAGAAUGGGAAACUAAUAGAGAUGAUUCUGACAAUGGAGAUAUUAAUUAUGAUUAUGUUCAUGAAUUGUCAUUGGAAAUGAAACGUCAGAAGAUACAGAGGGAAUUAAUGAAGCUGGAGCAAGAAAACAUGGAGAAGAGAGAAGAAAUUAUCAUUAAAAAGGAGGUAUGCUAUUUACUAAUACACAAAACCAAUUUUGACCUCUUCAGUCGGAAACUUUGUAUCACCUUCAGAAAUUCAAAAAGCAACCAAAGUAAAAAGAAAGGACCACGUACUCCUAGUCCACCCCCUCCUAUACCAGAAGAUAUUGCUCUGGGGAAAAAAUACAAAGAAAAAUAUAAAGUAAAAGACAGGAUAGAAGAAAAACCAAGAGAUGGAAAAGACAGAGGACGAGAUUUUGAAAGACAAAGAGAAAAAAGAGACAAGCCAAGGUCUACCUCCCCAGCAGGACAGCAUCAUUCUCCUAUAUCUUCUAGACAUCACUCAUCUUCUUCACAAUCAGGAUCAUCUAUUCAAAGACAUUCUCCUUCUCCUCGUCGAAAAAGAACUCCUUCACCAUCUUAUCAGCGGACACUAACUCCACCUUUACGACGCUCUGCCUCUCCUUAUCCUUCACAUUCUUUGUCUUCUCCUCAGAGAAAGCAGAGUCCUCCAAGACAUCGCUCUCCAAUGCGAGAGAAAGGGAGACAUGAUCAUGAACGAACUUCACAGUCUCAUGAUCGACGUCAUGAGAGGAGGGAAGAGACUAGGGGCAAACGAGACAGAGAAAAGGACUCAAGAGAAGAACGAGAGUAUGAACAGGAUCAGAGCUCUUCUAGAGACCACAGAGAUGACAGAGAACCUCGAGAUAGUCGGGAUCGGAGAGAUGCCAGAGAUACCAGAGAGCGAAGGGAACUAAGAGACUCCAGAGACAUUCGGGAUUCAAGGGAAAUGAGGGAUUAUAGCAGAGAUGCCAAAGAGAACCGUGAUCCCAGAGAUUCUCGGUCCACUCGUGAUGCCCACGACUACAGGGACCGUGAAGGUCGAGAUACUCAUCGAAAGGAGGAGACAUAUCCAGAAGAAUCCCGGAGUUAUGGCCGAAACCAUUUGAGAGAAGAAAGUUCUCGUAAUGAAAUAAGGAAUGAGUCCAGAAAUGAGUCUCGAAGUGAAAUUAGAAAUGACCGAAUGGGCAGAAGUAGGGGGAGAGUUCCUGAGUUACCUGAAAAGGGAAGUCGAGGCUCAAGAGGUUCUCAAAUUGAUAGUCACAGUAGUAAUAGCAACUAUCAUGACAGCUGGGAAACUCGAAGUAGCUAUCCUGAAAGAGACAGAUAUCCUGAAAGAGACAACAGAGAUCAAGCAAGGGAUUCUUCCUUUGAGAGAAGACAUGGAGAGCGAGACCGUCGUGACAACAGAGAAAGAGAUCAAAGACCAAGCUCACCAAUUCGACAUCAGGGAAGGAAUGACGAGCUUGAGCGUGAUGAAAGAAGAGAGGAACGAAGAGUAGACAGAGUGGAUGAUAGAAGAGAUGAAAGGGCUAGAGAGAGAGAUCGGGAACGAGAACGAGACAGGGAGCGGGAGAGAGAGAGGGAACGUGAACGGGAUCGGGAAAGAGAAAAAGAGAGAGAACUAGAAAGAGAGCGUGCUAGGGAACGGGAGAGAGAAAGAGAAAAAGAGAGAGAUCGUGAAAGGGAUAGAGACCGAGACCAUGAUCGAGAGCGGGAAAGAGAGAGGGAGCGAGACAGGGAAAAAGAACGGGAGCGAGAAAGAGAAGAAAGAGAGAGGGAGAGAGAGAGAGAGCGAGAACGGGAGAGAGAGCGAGAGCGAGAACGGGAACGAGAAAGAGCUAGAGAAAGGGAUAAAGAACGAGAGCGCCAAAGGGAUUGGGAAGACAAAGACAAAGGACGAGAUGACCGCAGGGAAAAGCGAGAGGAGAUCCGAGAAGAUAGGAAUCCAAGAGAUGGACAUGAUGAAAGAAAAUCAAAGAAGCGCUAUAGAAAUGAAGGGAGUCCCAGCCCUAGACAGUCCCCAAAGCGCCGGCGUGAACAUUCUCCGGACAGUGAUGCCUACAACAGUGGAGAUGAUAAAAAUGAAAAACAUAGACUCUUGAGUCAAGUUGUACGGCCUCAAGAAUCUCGUUCUCUUAGUCCCUCGCACCUCACAGAAGACAGACAGGGUAGAUGGAAAGAGGAGGAUCGUAAACCAGAAAGGAAAGAGAGUUCAAGGCGCUAUGAAGAACAGGAAGUCAAGGAAAAAGUUUCUUCCAUAGAUAAACAGAGAGAACAGGCAGAAAUCCUGGAAAACUCAAGAAUGCGUGCACAGGACAUUAUAGGACAUCACCAGUCUGAAGAUCGAGAGACAUCUGAUCGAGCUCAUGAUGAAAACAAGAAGAAAGCAAAAAUUCAAAAGAAACCAAUUAAGAAAAAGAAAGAGGAGGAUAUUGGAAUAGAGAGGGGUAACAUAGAGACAACAUCUGAAGAUGGUCAAGUAUUUUCACCAAAAAAAGGACAGAAAAAGAAAAGCAUUGAAAAAAAACGUAAAAAAUCCAAAGGUGAUUCUGAUAUUUCUGAUGAAGAAGCAGCCCAGCAAAGUAAGAAGAAAAGAGGCCCACGGACUCCCCCUAUAACAACUAAAGAGGAAUUGGUUGAAAUUUGCAAUGGUAAGAAUGGUAUUCUAGAGGACCCUCAGAAAAAAGAAGAUACAGCAUUCAGUGACUGGUCUGAUGAGGAUGUGCCUGACCGUACAGAGGUGACAGAAGAGCAUGCUGCCACCGCAGCUACUCCUGGUAGUACCCCUUCUCCUCUAUCUUCUCUUCUUCCUCCUCCACCACCUGUGGCUACUGCCACUACUGCAACUGCGCCUGCAACUCUUGCCACUACUGCUGCUGCUGCCACCUCUUUCAGUACAUCUGCCAUCACCAUUUCCACUUCUGCCACCCCCACCAAUACCACCAAUAAUACUUUUGCCAAUGAAGACUCACACAGAAAAUGCCACAGAACACGAGUGGAAAAAGUAGAGGCACCUCACCUGACUAUAGAAGAUGCAUCACAUCGCAAGCCUGUGGAUCAAAAGCGGAGCAGCAGCCUCGGGAGCAAUCGGAGUAAUCGUAGUCAUACGUCUGGUCGUCUGCGCUCCCCAUCCAAUGAUUCUGCCCAUCGAAGUGGAGAUGAUCAAAGUGGUCGAAAGAGAGUACUGCACAGUGGCUCAAGAGAUAGAGAAAAAACCAAAAGCCUGGAAAUCACAGGAGAGAGAAAAUCUAGGAUUGAUCAGUUAAAGCGUGGAGAACCCAGUCGAAGUACUUCUUCAGAUCGCCAGGAUUCAAGAAGUCAUAGUUCAAGAAGAAGUUCUCCAGAGUCAGAUCGACAGGUCCAUUCAAGAUCUGGGUCAUUUGAUAGCAGAGACAGGCUUCAAGAACGAGAUCGAUAUGAACAUGAUAGAGAGCGGGAGAGAGAGAGGAGAGAUACGAGGCAGAGAGAGUGGGACCGAGAUGCCGAUAAAGAUUGGCCACGCAACAGGGAUCGAGAUAGAUUGCGAGAACGAGAACGAGAGAGAGAACGAGACAAAAGGAGAGACUUGGAUAGGGAGAGAGAGAGACUGAUUUCUGAUUCCGUUGAAAGAGACAGGGACAGAGACAGAGACAGAACUUUUGAGAGUUCUCAGUUAGAGUCUGUGAAACGCUGUGAAGCAAAACUGGAAGGUGAACAUGAAAGGGAUCUAGAAGGCACUUCCCGAGACUCUGUAGCCUUGGAUAAAGAGAGAAUGGAUAAAGAUCUGGGAUCUGUGCAGGGAUUUGAAGAUAUAAAUAAAUCUGAGAGAACUGACAGCCUGGAAGCAGGAGAUGACGAGUCCAAGUUAGAUGAUGCACAUUCGUUAGGCUCUGGUGCUGGAGAAGGAUACGAGCCAAUCAGUGAUGAUGAACUAGAUGAAAUUCUGGCAGGUGAUGCAGAAAAGAGGGAGGACCAACAGGAUGAGGAGAAGAUGCCAGAUCCCUUGGAUGUGAUAGACGUGGACUGGUCUGGUCUUAUGCCAAAGCAUCCAAAAGAACCACGAGAGCCUGGGGCUGCACUCUUAAAAUUCACACCUGGAGCUGUUAUGCUAAGAGUUGGGAUUUCUAAAAAGUUAGCAGGUUCUGAACUCUUUGCCAAAGUCAAAGAAACAUGUCAGAGACUUCUAGAAAAACCCAAAGAUGGAGACAAUCUCUUUGAACAUGAAUUGGGGGCUCUCAAUAUGGCUGCAUUACUUCGAAAAGAAGAAAGAGCAAGUCUUCUUAGUAAUCUUGGGCCAUGUUGUAAGGCAUUAUGCUUCAGACGCGAUUCUGCAAUUCGAAAGCAGCUUGUUAAAAAUGAGAAGGGCACAGUAAAACAAGCAUACACGAAUGCUCCAGUGGUAGACAAUGAAUUAUUACGAUUGAGUCUUCGGUUAUUUAAGCGGAAGACUACUUGCCAUGCCCCAGGACAUGAAAAGACUGAAGAUAAUAAACUUUCACAGUCCAGUAUCCAGCAGGAACUGUGUGUGUCUUAAGACUGAAGUUCAAUAUGGUAUUUUUGUUACUGUCUUCCGUAAACAAAGUUCUUUGGUUUGACAAGCAUUAUUAGUGACAAAGGCAGAAAAGAUUUAUCAGCCACGCUAAAAGCGUGAAGAAUUUUCAUCUUUAGAGACACUAGUUUUGGCUAACUUAAGAUUUUACAUUAAUUUUUACAUAGUACUUGACACUCAUGCAAAAUAAUGUGAAAACAUCUAGAUUUAGUAGUUUAUUCUGCGCCUUUUGUUAAAACUGAAGAUUUUGGAAAACGGUUGUCACUGCUCUUCCAGCCUAUGAAUAUUUUUGUGAAAUUGAACCAGUGAUUUAUGCUGGAUCAUCCAUACAGAAGCAACAAUUUUAUUCAAAAACAAUGUGUUCAUCAAAGUAAUCGCGCACAUGGUGCAACACCGCGUUGUACAGACCAUGUGAAAGGGAAUGCUGGUAUAGCUAACAUGGUGUAUUUGUAGGUGAAUCUCUAGCAGAAAGGAGCCAAAAUAUUUUUUUCCUUUUGAAAGUCUUUUAAAAAUUAUUUCAUGGGUCUUUUCUAAAAAAAAUUAAUAUGUAUGCAUUGUUAACAGUGUAUAUUAGAUGUCUUUUGACUCUAAAUGCUUUUUUUUGUUAUCAGAGACUGUGUACUAUUUUUAUUUUUAAUAAAUGUAACUUCCCUUUCCUUGUUUUAGAUUUACUUUGCUCUUCAUUAAUCUUAUUCCCGAUGUUCUAAAACAUUAGUGAUCAACAUUACAGUUUCAUGCUUCAGAUAUUUUACUGCUUGUGUCCUUAUUGUUGGAUUGCCUUAAACAGAGUUGAUGUACUUCACAUAUGGUUCGUUAAUACUUAAGGCAUCUUCUUAGAAUGUGGCUUUUGAAGAAAAAAAAUACUCAAAGCAAACCGAGAGUUAACAAAUCUAACGUAACCUGAGGUUUAAUAGUCUACUAUCAUAUUUGUUAGAGCUAUAAUUUUUUAUUAUAUUAAACUGCCUCCAGCUGACUAUGUAAAACAGAUUUACUUUUAAAAAUUACAGUAUGUAAUUUGUUCUGUAUGUGUAUGUUCAACUCAUGAAGUGGACCCUUAGAAGGAUUUGAAAUGGACUCUGGCCACAGAAAUUGUGGGCAGACAGUAGUAGUGAUAAUAAUAAAAGAAACCAAUCAAAAUUUGAAUUUUAUCAUGCCCUCUCACAGGUUUUUGUUAUAAUUGUAAGCCUACAUUACUUGUGUUAGCAGUUUUGUCUCUAUAGGUAACAUAAUGACAGUGGUGUAGUUUCUGUUCAAGAAACAUGUUAUACAGUUAAUUUAUACAAGAUACUUACCCGCCAAAGAAAAUGGUCUUAUUUUCAAAUGACUUUGAAAGCAUGUAUACUUGCAAACAGAGCAGGAGAAAAAAUUAAUCAGAAUUUCCUUAUGUCCUUUUCCUUUACUGUUUUGAAUAAAGAAAAAAGAAAAAAAAAAUGACCUCAGAGAAUGAAUACCCUUUAGGAAGCCACUCCCUGAUUUUAGUGGAUAAUAUAGCACAAAGAUUUAAAGUCCUAAAAUUUCUAAUCCUAGUUAUCAGAAUUAUGGAAUAUGACACAAAUAAUGGUUUUUCCAUUUGUCCAGUGACGUCAGGGAUAUUUCACAAGUUAUUUGUUUAUAGAAUGAAAACUAUGUAGUUAAAUCUGUCAUUCAUGAAAACUGUUUUCUUUCAGUUUGAAAUCUUUGUUGUUAUGUUGCAAAAGAAAAUUUAGAACUAUUCCUUUGGUUACUCAGUCACAGCAUUCAGAGCUUUAUGUUUCCAGUGGAAAUGUACUGUUAAGUCUCAAUCUCUUUUAAUUCAACCAUUCUCAGUAUUUGUGACAUAUACCUAUAAAAUUUUUCUAAAGCAAAAUUUUUAAUUGCAUUUUUUAUAAAAGCUCUUGGACCAUAAUUAAAGUCUCAGUUAAACUAGUAUUCCUGUAAACAGUCUUCCAGUCUGUAAAUUGUUUGCUAGUGGCAGUUAAAGGUCAUCUAUCUUAUAACUGAUGGCUCAAGUCUGUCCAGUUGCCGUAAUUGCACAACUGGAUUCCAGCUGCUGGUAAUAAGGAAUUGUCUAGAUAGAUAAAGGACAAGAGUAUCCCUGCAAUCCAAAAUAAAUGAGAGUUAACACAUAAAUAGCUGUUUGAUGAUUUGGGCAGCUAUCCUCACUACUUAGUAAAGGGUCUACUGACUAUAAACUUCAUUUAACAAAGUUUUGUAAGCAUAUCUAACUAGUAACUUUAUAUGCUGAAAAAUCUGACCUGUCACUUCACUUCACUCUGACCAGUAAUUGCAGGUUGUCUUCCCCAUCUAGCCCAUGACUGCGUUAGGAUUUAUGACUUAUUAACUUGAAAAUCUGCGGCAUUCGUAGAAUAUCCCAGUUUGCUCCUCACUGUCCCAAUUGUGUAAAGGUAAGAUACAUGCUAUUGUUGAUGAUGCUUUUACACCUCAACUUGCUAUUUUAAAAAGUUAAAUGAACCUCUCCCGCUUUUAAGGAUAUUCCCUUUUACUGAUUUUCCUACAUAAAUUAUAUAGCCAUAUUUCUACAUAACGUAUUUAAAUCUGAUCUAGGACUUAACCUUAUUUUAUCAUUUUUCUUUAAUAAUCUCUAAUAAAUUUCUUUAUUCAUUAA